AUGUCGCAAACAAUACCGAAUGGCGCCUCGGGCGGAGCUCCCAUACAACCUUCCUCGAAAGCCAACGCUGCCAUGCCGAAGCUCAACUCGCAAGAAAUGGAGAUGGGCAACCUCUCCGGCGGCGAGGAGCUUCCUACCGUGCCAGACAUCAUGCAGCUAGCAAGAGUCGGGGACAUACCGGGCAUGGAGAAGCUGUUCGAGUCGUCAGAGUUGGAUGCUACCUACACAGACGACGAGGGCAUAACGCCUCUACAUUGGUCCGCCAUUAACAACCAGUAUGCGAUGUGCAAGUACCUUAUCGAAAAAGGAGCCGACAUCAACAGGAAGGGAGGCGACUCGGUCGCCACACCGUUGCAAUGGGCUGCCCAGAGGUCUAACUACUAUACCGUCAACCUGCUCCUCCAACACGGCGCCGAUCCUCUCAUUUCCGACGCGCAAGGGUACAACACGCUACACAUAUCCGUCUUCAAUGGCAAUGCUCUGCUGGUUGUGCUACUGCUGCACCAGGGAAUACCCGUGGAUGUGGCCGACGCGUACGGUCACACGAGCCUCAUGUGGGCUGCGUACAAGGGCUUCCCACAAUGUGUAGACCUCUUCCUUCGAUGGGGCGCAAGUGUGCAUGCGACCGACGAGCAAGGCUUCACGGCAUUGCACUGGGCUUUGGUCAAAGGGUCGCCGCAGUGCAUCCUCAAGCUCAUCGAGUACGGGGCGGACCGGUUCGCCAAGACGGCAACCGGCAAGACUCCCGCCAUUACCGCCAAGGACCUGAACACCGUCGGCGCAUGGCAUCGCGCGUUGAGAGAGUGUGGCUACGACGACGAGGCCCAUGCCGUAAUUCCCUGGUGGCCUGGCUCAUCUUUCUUUCUCAAGGACAAGCGUGGGUUCAUGAACAAGUUCUUGUUUCUGCUGCCGACCGUUAUGGUCUGGAUGGAGUUCAUGAUCACGUCCCACUUACCAGUCUUCUUGUCUGUGCCCCUGGCCUUCUUGGUUGGCUUUGGAUUUCAGUGGAUUACCAAUCAGGUCCUCGAGUAUGCGCCACCGGAUAUGAGGCAUCUGCAUAAAACGCCAUGGCUAGCUGGGAUCUUCGCCGGCUCUUUGUUCUUGACUGGCGUGCAGUGGCUGUUCGUCAUAUUACCAGCGACCUUUUCGAGUCACCCGGUCCUCAACUUCGUCUUCAUCACUGUUAUCGGGCUCACGGCAUACUUCUACGCUAUAUGCAUGGUCUUCGACCCGGGUUUCGUGCCCAAGCUCAAUGGAAUCGCCGAGCAGAAAGCCGUGAUUGACGAAUUGUUAAGCUUGUGGAAGUUUGACGAAACCAACUUCUGUGUCACUUGCAUGAUCCGCACACCUCUAAGAAGUAAGCACUGUCGGCGAUGCCAACGUUGCGUGGCCAAACAUGACCACCAUUGCCCGUGGGUGAACAACUGCGUUGGCGUGAACAACCAUCGGCAUUUCUUCCUCUACCUGCUCAACCUGAUAUUUGGUGUUGCAUUCUUUGACUGGUUGUUAUACCUCUACUUUUCGGAAAUGCCAAAGUCUGGGUCCUCAUCCGAAUGUCUGAUUCUAUCCGAAUCUGUGUGCAAUAUCUUCAGCUCGGACCCCUACAGUAUGCUGGUCGGCAUUUGGGCGACGCUGCAGCUCACAUGGGUCAGCAUGCUCAUCUUUGUGCAGUUUGUACAAGUCGCCCGGGCCAUGACCACAUACGAGAACAUGUACGGUAUCCAGGAUGGUUCGGCAACCUCUCUCGGUUCGACAUUCACCAGUACUGGCGCACCGUUGGAUCCGAGCCAUCCCGAUGCCGGAACACCUACAUCGGCGGCGGAUGACCCGCUCGGCACCGGAAGGGGGGCGCACGCGCACAAACACCGGAGCUUCCUACAACAGUGGAGCCGUCUACUGGGCGUCGAUACUUUCCUCGAAAUAGCCACUGGUCGUGGCGCCGCAGCUGGAAAGAAGAUGCGCAAGAAGAAGAACCCAUACAGCCAGGGCUACUUCCAGAAUUGCAAGGACUUCUGGUGCGACCCGGCACCCAUCUUUGGGCGUCGGGAGACUGGUGAUGCGAUGAUUGGCGGAGCGCGGAUCAACUACACCGAGAUAUAUGAGAGCCCGUCUGCGUUGAACAUGGGGCUGAAUGGGAGGAGGAGAGGUGGUUAUGAAACUGUCGCGGGCGAGGAAGUAUAG